AUGCUGGGCGCUUUCCGCCGUUCCGCCGGCGCCGUCCAUGCGCUGCGAGCUUCACGAUCUCUGCUGGCCAGAUCGAUUCCUCAGCAACCCCAAUGGCUCUCUGCUUCAGCGCCUGCGGUCUCAUACGGUGCUCGCGCCCUCUACCACCCGUCUCCGGCUUUUCUUGAUGCCAGAGCAGCAGCUCAGGCGCAACUCAAUGUCGCCGCCGAUAUCGAGCCCCGGCUACCCAGUACCGAUUUUCACAGCCUGGCACAAGACGGCCUGGUCAACGACAGACUGAUCCGAACCGUGACAGAUUCCAUGAAGAUUCAAACCAUGACUGAUGUCCAAGCCAAGACGAUCCGUGAAACACUGAGCGGCGAUGAUGUCUUGGCACAGGCAAAGACCGGAACCGGAAAGACCCUUGCGUUCUUGAUCCCCGUCAUCCAGCGCCUUGUUAAUGAUCCGUCGAUCAAACGCUCGCGUCCCGGAUACCGGGGGAGAAACCCACCCGACAUUCGGGCGAUUGUCAUCUCUCCGACUCGUGAGUUGGCAGAACAGAUUGCCAACGAGGCACAACGCUUGGUGUCUGGAUUGGGUUUGGCCGUGCAGACGGCAGUUGGCGGCACUCAAAAGAGAUUGCAUCUAAACAAGAUCCGGACCGAGGGCUGCAAUAUCUUGGUUGGAACUCCUGGUCGUCUGAAGGAUCUUCUUUCCGAUCCCUACAGCGGUGUCAAGGCGCCGCAGCUUCAAGCUCUCGUCUUCGAUGAGGCUGACCGCUUGUUGGAUGAUGGCUUCUCGCAAGAGAUCGGUGAGAUCAAGGACCUCCUGCCAGCACCCGAGGAGGUCGACCGUCAGACCCUGAUGUUUUCCGCCACCGUACCAGGUGAGGUUAUGGACAUGGUGCGUCAGACUAUGAAGCCCGACUUCAAGUUCAUCAAGACUGUCUCGGAGGAUGAGGUGCCCACCCACUUGCGGGUGCCCCAGAAGGUCGUCUACCUGGAUGGCUUCCAGAACGGCUUGCCUGCUAUUCUAGAGCUGGCAAAGAAGGGUUACGCUGAAAAUUCGCAUUUCAAGGCCAUUGUCUACCUGAACGCAACAACGAUGGUCUCGCUGGCCAACGACAUUUUCAGGCGGCUUCAGAAUGAUCCUGAGGACCGUACCAAAGGACAUGCUCUCAACCGUCUCCCUAUCUACCAAAUCCAUUCGCGGCUGACUCAGGCGCAAAGAACUCGUGUCACAAGUACUUUCCGCAGCGCGUACCGCGGCAUUCUCUUCUCCUCCGACGUGACAGCCCGUGGUUUGGAUUUCCCGGACGUCACGCACGUCAUCCAAUAUGGACUUCCCAACGAGCGUCAGACCUACAUCCACCGCGUGGGGCGCACGGGCCGUGCGAACAAGGAAGGUGAGGGUUGGAUCUUGCUGCACAAGAACGAGAAGCGUGCCUUCAAACAGAUAUUGGGCGACCUGCCUAUCGAGGAGGAUCAGACCUCGGUUCCCGUUGCGCAUAUCAACAUGCGCGAAGAGAUUGAGGACGAUGGCUCAGAGACGAGCCGAACUCUACAACAAUACAAAUUCGCCGCGCAGGAUGUUCCCAUCGACGAUCGAGUGGAGGCUUGGAGGUCCCAAGCGGGUACCAUCAUAGGCAAACUCCAACCUCUGUCGGCGACCCUGCCUGCCAUGCAUGACUUGUGCACUUACGGAUACUUGCUGCCCAAGCCUCCGCAGCUCCCUUUGAGGAUCCAACAAGCUCUGGAGAGGGGCGACAAGCCCCCUCCGAGGUCCAAGCGUGGUGGACCCCGCGAUUUCAGGUCCCGGGAUUCCUACAGGCCCCGUUCCAGUGGUGGCUAUAAUGACCGCUACCAACACUCUUCAUCCCGCGAUUCCCGCAAUCCUUGGAACGAGAGAGGCUCCUCUCGUGGCCGUCGCGAGGGCCGUCGCGAGAGCCGCUCCUACAACCGCUACUGA